UACAAAUUGAUUUUGUCUCUGAACCGCUACCCUUCAACUCUCUCUCUCUCUCUCUCUUCAGCGCAGAAAUGUACGGCCAACACUGCUAGAGAAAGGGUCGUCUGUUCGUUUAAGUGGGUGGCCACUCACCUGCUUCUUCUAAUCUUUAUUAUUCCGUUUAAUUUUCUCUUUUCGGGUUUGAUUCUACAAUGGCGAGGCUUCUGCGAAGUGCCUCCUCUCUCAGACGCUAUAUGUUUCCGCAAUUGGAGGUUUUCGUUUUUCUCCUCUGUCAGUUGCCAUAUCCUUUGUUUUUCCGCUGGGAAGCUGAUAUUUUCGGCCCAAAUGUAGGAGGAUGACAUUGUGUCAUGGAUCAAAAUAAUGAUGAAUCCAGGGGGGUAUUACACGAGACAUCUAUGCAGCUGCGUGAAUUUGCCACGAAAGGUGGUAAAAAGAAGACAAAGAGUGACACAAGUGAUUCUGGAGAAGAGAAUAUGUCUAAGAAAGAGUUGGCUCUAAAGAUGGCUUUAGAUCAGAUCACCAAAUCAUUUGGAGAUGGAUCUAUAAUGUGGCUCGGCAGGGAUGAUUCACAAAGGCACCACCCUGUAAUAUCCACGGGAUCUUUUUCUUUGGAUGUUGCGUUGGGAAUAGGAGGACUUCCGAAGGGACGUGUUGUGGAGAUAUAUGGUCCAGAGGCUUCUGGAAAAACAACUCUUGCAUUACACUUGAUUGCUGAGGCACAAAAACAGGGAGGUUACUGUGCCUUCGUUGAUGCUGAGCAUGCUCUUGAUCCUUCUUUGGCUGAGGCUAUUGGAGUAAAUACUCAAAAUUUGCUGAUAUCACAACCAGAUUGUGGUGAGCAAGCUCUCAGUCUGGUGGACACCCUUAUCCGGAGUGGUUCAAUUGAUGUUGUUGUUGUGGAUAGUGUAGCUGCUCUGGUUCCGAAAGGUGAACUAGAUGGUGAAAUGGGAGAUGCUCACAUGGCCAUGCAAGCUAGACUUAUGAGCCAAGCACUACGGAAAAUAUGCCACUCUUUAUCCCUCUCACAGACCAUAUUACUAUUUACAAAUCAGGUCCGGGCAAAGCUAUCCACUUUUGGAUUUGGUGGACCCACUGAAGUCACUUGUGGUGGGAAUGCCUUGAAAUUUUAUGCUUCAGUACGUCUAAAUGUCAGGAGAACUGCAAUGGUCAAGCAGGGAGAAGAGACCACAGGAAGCCAAGUUGCCAUAAAGAUUGUGAAGAACAAGCAUGCACCUCCAUUUAGAACGGCAGAGUUUGAGCUUGAGUUUGGAAAAGGUAUUAACCGAGAGUCUGAGCUUAUAAACUUAGGAUGCAAACACAUGUUCAUCGUGAAAUCAGGCUCGUUCUUGAAAAUGAACGACCAAAACUUCCACGGUCAGGAUGCACUUAAGCGACACCUUUCUGAAAACAUAAGUGUAAGAGAAGAACUCGAGAAAAAGCUAAGAGACAAGCUUAUGCAUAUGAAACCAGACCAUGAAGAAAUGUAGGGGCUAUUGAGGGGGGAAAUGUUGCAGACAUUGUUGCAUCAGAGGUAACAGGUGAAGAAUCUCUCGCUGCAGCUGUAGCACAGGCGUGCAAGAUCAGUCAUUGCCUUCUAUCUAUCUCAGUGCAUCAAUGGGAAGAUUUCUCCAGCAGCACUUGACAUCUGACGGUAACUUCUACUUGCUGGUACUAUAUUUUUAUAUACACUUCAGGUUGUGCAGUUGGUUAAAUUUUUGUGAUUUGAAAGAGGCAUAUGACGCAAUUUGUUUGAUUUUUCUAAUUAAUGUGAUUCUUGUGUCAAUUUCAGCUGCAUUUUGUACACUAGUAUAUUCAGCCACGUUUAGUUUUAUUAUGAACAUCCAUUUUAUGAUUUAUUAGUGAAACAAUGAUUCCUUCA